CCACAGACAUCACUUCCGUCACCAUUUUCAGAAUCUCGCAAAGAAGUGGAGUUUUUGGUCUUGUUUUCAUCCAUUUUUUGUUUUAAAAGAUGUCCUUUCAGAUUGAUUGGCAAAACAGCCAAGUAAAACUUGGUAAUUUAAUAAUCAGCCUUGAAGAUUCCAGCCCAGACUUUGAGCAGAAUCUGGGAGUUCUGAAUCUAAACACACAAUCAUACUUCAUUCCCAGCUAUACCAGGGCACAGGUUUUCAUCUUCCUUGAAAACUCCACAAAAGAAUUGAGCAAAGUCAUUCAUAUGGCAUCCAAAAGCAAAGCUACAGCAUCCCAGACAUAUUCUGAGGACUCAAUUCCUAGUUAUGUUCACAAAAGAACAAUUUUCAGCUAUGCAAUGUGCCUUGUGAAGAAAAUAAUAACGGAUGUUAAACAAGAGUUUAAAUCAAAAGAAGGGGAUAGCAUAUUAUAUGGGAGUAGUUGGCAGCCAUUGAUGCAGUGCCAGCCUGUUUCCACAGGUAAGACAGAUGGAAUCCACACAGCAAUGAGUUUUCACAACCAACCGUUGAAAUUGUUUGUGGAUAGUCUUCACAAAUACUGUGAUCCAGGCCUGCUAGACUACACUACACAGCUUAUAUCUGUUGCACUUCAGGAGGCAAAGGAAGAAGUUAGAGCUUCCAAAAGUGAGAGUAGAAGAUUUUCAUCACUACACACAAGUGUACCACCUUUACACCGUCCUGAUUCCUUCUGCAAGAAUGGCUUCCAUUCUAGUCCUAACUGUACGCUUCUCAGUAAGCCCGAGAUUAAAAACUGCAUGGCCUCUGGCACAAGCCAAAAUAAAUUCCAAAGUUCAAGUAUCUCUGAAGCUGUCUUUGAUCACAAGAGUUCAGGUGACUAUUCUGAAGGGUCCCACUUUACCCCACUUGAACAUGAGGCAGGCAGUGCAUGUACCAGUUUUCCCAGUGAACUCGUGCAGGAUUUCCAACCUUUUCCUCCUCCACCAACACCCAAAGAUGACACAGAAGAGGGGUCCACUAGAUGUGAAGCACCAAAUGAGUUUAUGGAAAAACUGGUUCAGUCUUUAAUUGGUGAAUAUUCUGAAAGUGUGACAUCAAUCAAUGCCCGAAACAGAGAAGCAAUGAAGAAUCACUCAAGUGGCCAAGUAGAUAGUAUAGAAAUCUAUGCAGAUCAGCUGGUGAUGGAGCAGCUUAAAUUGGUUUUGUGUAGUGGCACAACUGAAGCGACAGAAGGUGCACACUGCCACAAGACAGGCUGCAAACAUCAUUUUCUGUCACAAACAAAUAGAGCUGUGAAAGUGAAGUCUGCUGCUGCACCAAAGAUGAAUCACGCACCCCAAAGCUCUUCACUGAGCCUUCCCAGCACGAUGAGUCAAGGUUCAGAAAAAAAGAAAGAUCAAUUGUCUGAAAAGAAAGCCUCAAGCAAAGACACAAUGUAUCAUCACAAAUAUUUUAUUAAAAACCUUGCUGCUUUUGCAGACAAGUGGGUGGAAGAAUUAAUCCAAUCCUCAUUUCAGAUAUUAAAGACAUCAUUGCCUUUCAGCCAGUGUCCAGAGUCAGCAAAGGUAGGAGAGAAAGCAGAGCCUUUCAGAGACUGUGGGCCAUGCAAAGAGUUGACACUUAAAUCCAAUAGAAAUAUGGAAAAAAGGAGCAGUUCCACUACCACAGUUGUCCCUGUUACACCAACUGUGGCCACCAAAACAGUUCCUGAAUGCCAGACUUCUCCACACCAUGUGUGUCACACAUAUGGCAAAAUGCUGACACAAAACAUUCUGCGUGAAGCUUUCAGAGCACAGAUGGUAGCUGCUCCUUGUGGUAAUCAAAAUGAGGUCAUGCAAGAUCUGUUUGCCAAAGUCAACGAUAAAGCUGAGAAAAUGAGUGAGCAAAUUGUGCAGGAUGCUAUUGUAUCACUGGGGAAGCAAGGAAGUCAAAAACAUUCAGGUGAAAAGGAAGUUCAAAUGUUAGAGGGCACAGACUCCAGCAGCCUCAGAGAGAAAAAUGAUGGAGGCACACAGUGUGCACAGACAUCAUUAGAAGGAACUGGAAGAUGUACACUGGACAGUGCAAUUAGACAGACUCAAGACUGUGUUAAGCUCUUACCUAAAAAAUUACCUGGCCAUUGUCAUUCAGAAAAUGGCCAAAGUGUUAUUUAUCAGUCACCUGUGUUCAAAGCACAGGAGUACAGAACUGACUCUUCCAGAAUGUCCAUGGUACCCUUGUCUAUGAUGGAAGACAAAGAAUUUACAGAAUCUGACACUAAUGGAAGUGUCAAACCAGUGUUAGUAAAGAUGGAUUUUAAGCAUGACAUUUUCACUCAAGAGCUCCAGGUGGUACUUCUCUGGGCAUCUGCCUCACAUCUAAAUAUACCAGCUGUAUACUACAUCCUGUCAUCUAAAGAAUCUCAAGCACAGAUUUCAUAUGUUGUAAGAAUGUGCUGAAGAAGUCCUGGACUGUGAGUGACCUGCUGAAAAAAGUGCUCUCCUACUGUGACCUAAAGGAAGAGGCUUCCAUCAAGGGUCAGCCUUUGACAGAGCAUUUGUUUGAAAUGGAUGCUUCAUGACACAGAACUUCAAGAAUCAUGAAGAUGUUUUUACCUUCUUCUUCAAUCUUAUAACUUUUCCACUCAUCAGUAAUUAAUAUUCAGUCAAGAUUUUGUGGCCUUUUUAAUGGAACCUGUCAUCCAUUGAUUUUCUUAUUCCCCUUUUUCGGGAGUGAUUAAUAAGAGCUGGAACCUAUACUGUAUAGACAACAUCACACCUAAGAAUCAUCCAUCUAGUUUGGGAUCUCUUCAGUAGGAAGGUGUAAUAUGAACUGGUCCUCUGCUGGGUCAGCUGUACAACAGAAGACUCUCAAGAAGGAUAUUUACUCCAAUAUGUAAUUGUUGCAAAAACUCUAAAAUUCUAGAUGAAAGACUUGGAAAACAUUCCUUCAUGACCAGUUGGGUUCAUUUCAUUCUGACGAAAGACCGGGAAGCCUUCACAAUGCUUUGAGAACCUCUGAUCUAACUUUGAAGUAAUAACAUGUUGGAAACUAGACUGCUGUUUAGUAAUUUCCACAUGGUCCAUCUCCAUGGAUGACAGUUCCACCUCAAUUCACUGACCUGUUUGUGUUCUGUAUUGACCUUCUUCACAGAACGCGUGGAGGCUUCUUGAAUAUCUGUCAGUUUAGUAAUCUCAAGAAUAACUUCAUUUUCCUAUUCCUAGAAUUAUGACCUAUCUGAAGACACACUUAAAGUUCCCUAUAGUCUUAGUUCCCUGAGAAAUAUUUGCAUACUGGACUUGUUUUGCUUCUUUUCUACCUGAAGAUAACUGUGUGCUGUGUUUCCAGAUGUGUGGUUUCUCACAUCAAGUUGGGUCAUUUUUGAAAGCUUUGUGCAGAAAAAAAAAAUUGAUUUGGCUUUGUGAGUUUUUUUGUGCUUUUUUCAAAGGAACCACCCAUUGACAUAGACAGUGUCAAAACUCCAAGGGUGGUGGGACUUCGAUAUCAGCAAAACAAUCCCAAGAUCAACAGUGUCAUUCAUUGGGCUGGUUUUCAGGUGUCAUUGGGCUGGAAAUAUUUUCAGGAACUGGCUACCCUGGCUGUGUGAGAGGCUUUUGCUGAGUUCAAUCGGGGAGACACUGAGACGGCUUAUAUCUAUAAGGCCUUGGCUAUAGCAUAAGCCUGGGAAUAUAUAUGAAUCUGAAGAAGCAGGUCAUUGGAAGUAUGAUUGUAUUCAGCAUUGACCAAGAAUAGGGGUGUGACUCCAUUACAAAGUGUCAACAUUGCAAAUGUUAACUGCUUGGAAAUUCUUUCCUGUUUAAAUGUAAAUGUUUAUUCACGUAUUGUGCACAUGGAAUUCAUUAGUUGACCCGCUGGUUCAUGCAUUUUAACCUGGAGACAGGCAUACUGCCAAGAACUUUGGUGGUCUGAAACAUGCAGUCAUCUGGUGAAAAAACAUCUGGUUAAACAGAUCUUGUAGUCUUUUAGCAUAACUGGGGGCGUAUGGUCAUUAGUAAGUUUGGGUCAGCUGCCACAUUUCUUUGUCUGAAAACACAUGUCUAGUCAAGCAUAACGUGUCCAUCCGUUAUCAAAUCUGCUCAGUCCAUGUCAGGUCUGAAGAGAUUGGAGCCUAGUCUGACAGCUUCAGAACGAGGGCAGAUCAACAUUUGAACAGAAGGGGUGCUGAUGUACUGGAGAUGCGUAUGAAUAGGUUAGUCAAGAAUUGUUUUAACUAGAGAAUGGAGCAGCAGUGAGUUUUGGACAGGACAAGUUUAGAACUUCACUUGAAAGGACAAAUAGUAGUGUAAUAUCAAAUACACAGAGUAACUUAAUUUCUAGUCCAAAGUAAAAGUGUCAUUGAAGAAAAAGUACAGUAAUAGUGCAUUGACGCUGGACAAGUUACAUCAUGACAUGAGUCACCAAAAGAAUGAGCUGGCAUUACAUAAUCUAUAGCAGAAGAGCCUAUAAAACCAGCAACUCUGCCUUGUCUCACACACUUUUUCCAACUAGUGCAGCAAAAGGCAAGUAGUCCUUUUAAAGAUAGCGAGUCACCUCAAAGAGCCAUGUAAAGAGCAGCAAAUCCAUCCAUUGUGGCACUCAGUCCCGACACUAUUAUAUAUUCAGAUUUGUUUGCCUUAAUGUAUGGCGAAUUAAGA